AUGGCUCAUGGACUGCAGAUAAGAGAUGAAGAAAGUGGCUAUAAUAAAAAUCUAUUUUGCAUUCCUAAGCAUUAUGAAGAAGAUUUAGAAAGAGUCUUCAUUCCUCAUGGACUCAUCCUGGACAGGACAGAACGUUUGGCUAGAGAUAUCAUGCAAGAUAUGGGAAGCUAUCACAUUGUUGCACUCUGUGUCCUUAAAGGAGGCUACAAAUUCUUUGCUGAUUUGCUGGACCAUAUAAAAGCACUAAAUCAAAAUGGUGAUAAAUCUGUGCCUAUUACUGUGGAUUUUGUUAGAAUAAAAAGCUACUGCAAUGAUUCACCUACAGAAAAAAUCAGUAUUGUUGGUGAGGAACUGUUUACACUAAGCGGGAAGAAUGUGUUAGUAGUAGAGGACAUUAUUGAGACUGGUAGAACAAUGAAGGCGCUACUUUCAAAACUAAAAGACAACGAACCAAAGAUGGUAAAAGUUGUAAGCCUGCUCGUUAAAAGGACACAUCGAAGUCCAGUUUACAGACCAGACUAUAUAGGCUUUGAAAUUCCAGAUAAAUUUGUGGUUGGAUAUGCUCUUGAUUAUAAUGAAUACUUCAGAGAUCUAAACCAUAUCUGCAUUCUGAAAGAGAAAGCCAAAGAGAAAUAUAGAAUCUGAUAACAACAGUCUUCUGGAACAACAGUUCAGUGGCAUGUACAGCUGUGUGGGUGAAUAAUAAGAAAUAAUCUACUAAUCACACUCUUCACUGAAGAACUACAGCAUUUUCUAAAGAUACUAUUCUAUGUAUUUUUCCUAUAAUGAUUAUGUAAAACAGCUUAAAGGUGAAUGAUUUUCAGUGAAACCUGAAUAGAACACUGGCCAUAAAGUGGAUAUUAUAUUCUGCAGGAAUCACCGGGGACAUAGGCAGGACACAUACA